AUGGGCCUGCGAAAACAGCCCCCACCGCGUCUGGAGAACAUUAGCAAGUCAAAUGUUCGAUCGGACGCACGCUCAUCCAAGUCACCCAACUCUGCUUCCUUCCAUCGCCCGAUUCGUUUAAACCGAUUUCCUUCUGGGGACCCUAUCUACUCUCCCGACCUCAAUACUUCACCUGCGUUUGACCUGAUGCCACUUGAGGAAGCACAGCGGUCGCCUGUGGGGUCUCCCACCAGCCAACCCCCGAGCUCAUGGCCAGACAAUAACAGAAGACCGGAAGACGGCCGCUCCGGUCAGUAUAAUCAGUAUGAGGGAGCAUACAACGAACCUGCAAAUACCAACGGACACUGGGUUUCCCCGACAUUGACGGCAGGUCAACAACUAGGAGCGGCCGAGAAUGUGUGGCGGUCAACGACUGAUGGCGGUCGUGCUUCGACUGGAGAGCUACCGGUACAGCUGCAGUCGAAUAACCCAUUCUUGAAGCCUAGGCCGGCAGAGCAUACUCAAGAUCUCUUGGAUCGCAAUGAGUGGGGACGUGAUUCACAUGCGACUUCAAACAGUGACGCAUUGAGCCAAUCCGAAGGGUAUAUUCCGAUGACUGCGCGGCUCUCUCUUUUAGAUGAGCCCGAACAAGAAUCCCCAUGGACCGAGGCUCCUCGUCCUCAAUCCAAUUCCCAGCAACGCCCUGUAUUAGGCGGUCACCACCUCGAUGAUAACUCACCGUGGGACUCUCAACAGUCCGCCAAGGUUCCGGUUCCCCAGGGUGUCUACCUACAAGGAGAGCAGUCUAAUCCAUAUGCCCCAGCGGUUGCGGUGCAGCCGUCUGGCCUUUCUGAUUGGGAAACCUAUGCCGGCCAACAAUAUAAGCCUCCAUCCAAUUCAGGGAGACUUGGAUCGGAUGCUGGAAUCAAUACUCCAUCUGUUGCUCUUUCUAAUCGAACCUCUGCUACCUCUCAUGAACUAAUUGAUUUUGGUGAAUUGAGCGCCACUGGGAAUUCGGUGGGCGAGACCAGGUCUCCUGCUGCAUCUACGGCGUACUCAGAACCUGCCGCGAACGGAGCAAGAUCAUUAUCAGAAAAGCAAGACUUCGCAGCUCCCGUGAUACAACAACUACAACAACCCCAAGCAAGCCCUAUACUGUCUCCCGCAGAAGCUGCACGACAAAAAGAGCAAAGAUCAGAAACAUAUACUAUUCGACACAUCCGAUGGACCGAUCAGAGUGGUCAACUGCUGGAGUCCCCGAUUUUGGUCCAAAAUCAAAACGGACCUUGUCCUCUGCUAGCCCUUAUAAAUGCAUUAGUGCUACGAGCGAACCCUAACGCUCACCCACCAAUCGUUAGAGCUCUGUCAACUCGCGAGCAAAUCUCUCUAGGUUUGCUAAUCGAGGCGAUGUUUGAAGAGCUGACAACAUGCCUGGGCCCUGAUGAGGAGUUCCCAGACAUCGAGGCCCUCACUCAAUUCCUGACAAUGCUGCACACGGGUAUGAAUGUCAAUCCACGUUUGACAAUGAAUUCUACUGAAGGAUUUGGCACUUUCCUCGAAACCAGCGACCUCGGACUGUAUAGCACGUUUGGUAUACCAUUGAUCCAUGGCUGGCUAGCCUCAUGGUCCAGUCCUACCCAUGCUGCGAUGUCACGCACUGCCCAGUAUUACGAGGAUAUUCAAAUGCUUCCCUUCCGCAGACACGAGUUUGAGGAACGGGUGGCGCGGGGCGAGGCACUUGAACCUGCGGAAGAGAAUAUCAUGGCGGAUAUCCAAACCAUCCAGCGAUUUGUGGAAAUUGAGAAUGCGACACAAUUGAGCCCAUUUGGCCUGACACAGCUCUCAACUAAGCUUACGCCCGGAUCUGUCUCCAUUCUUUUCCGCAACGACCAUUUCUCGACAUUGUAUAAACACCCGCAAUCCCACCAACUCUACACUUUGGUUACCGAUGCUGGCUAUGCGGGCCAUGCCGAGGUGGUUUGGGAAUCUCUAGUCGAUGUGACAGGAUUCAACACAGAAUAUUACUCAGGCGAUUUUCGACCUGUAGGCGCUGGUCCUUCAGCUCCAUCUGGCCCUGAUCCCGCGGUCCUCCAAGCCUCUAAUGAGCCAGCCACUCAUUCUCCAGAGGCAAACGAAGGAUCGAAAUCCCCUGAGCUGACUCAAGAACAGAGUGAUGCCGACUAUGCAUACGCGCUGUCACUUCAGUUCCAAGAAGAAGAGCGACGCGAAAAUGCUAGGAAUGAGCAGGCUCGUGAUCGUCGCACAUCUGCGCCGAGUAAUUCUUCCAAUCGGCCAUUGCCUUCGCCUCGCUUGAGCAAUGUGCCUAAUCGACCAUUGCCCUCGCCUCGUUUGAGCAAUGUACCCAAUCGAUCUUCGAGCAUUGCCAAUACGAUUGGUUCUCGGCCUAGUCCUCAGCCACAACAUGGACCCGACCCUGAGGACCCAAAUGCACCCCCUCCUCCAUAUGAACAAGCUGCUGCUAGCGGGCCGCGUUGUUCGCCUCCUGACAUAAGGCCAUAUGGCCGUGCCGCAGGAAAUCAGUACCCUGGUAACCGGAAUCCGCGGAAUCGAACCUCGCAGUCUUCUCACCGACCACGCCCGCCUCGAGUCUCUAAUGUGGUUGAUAUGAUUGUGGCUCGUGGAAUCUACGCUAUCGUUGAUGUGCAUCAUGUUGCCUUUGAGCCUAUCAAUGAGCCUCCUUGCAAUACUGCGGUCGACGUUACCGAGUCCAACAAACUGAACAACAUCUUUCUCCAGGCUAUCAAUGAUGCUGGUGGGUUCAACUCGCAGAGAAUUGUUAAUCUAGUCGGAGGUGGUGAGGAUAGCGUCAAGACUGCAGACUGGUUUGUAGCACCCUCUGGAUUUUGGAAUCCAUAUGCUAUUCAGUUCCACUACUACAGUCCCCGGGAAAGACCAUUUGGGGCUCGGGGCUCUGACAGUGACAAGACUACUGUGCAGUCUGACUUCCAGCUGCUGCGCAACGCUUUCCCUGAUGUACCUCUCCUUUUGGGUGAAUACGAUGCUUCACCCACCAACACCGAACCCGCUGCCCGAUAUAAGUACCUUGACUUCUUGAUCAAGACUGCAGCCAGUCUCGAUAUCUCCUGCGUGUUGUGGAAUAACGGAUUGGACCACUUGGAUCGAACCGCAGGAGUCUGGCGUGACUCACAAACUCUUCCAUUCAUCUUCAACGGUAACACCCUCUCGUCAAUCAGUGACUCCACUUGCUCGGCAUUGUCGUUGGGAACAGACUAUUCUGUUUCGGGUGCAAAUAUAAUAUUCACAGCUUCGUACUUAUCCAAGCAUCUUUCAUCUACGACAACACCGGGUAUUAAUGCCACUCUAACUCUGAGAUUCUCGGGGGGCGAUUCGUCCCCUGCUGUCCAAAUUGUUCAAUGGAAAGCCCCAACUCUGUCGUCCACAUCGGCGGUGGCUUCGACUGUCUCUGGCUCUGCCCUAUCAAUUCCAAUCACAUGGGGCGGACUAUCAACCGUCGCUGCAUUAAAGGCCUUGACCAAGAGUGGAACAUACCUGGUCGAUGACUGGACGGUAUCACUGAGCCCUAUCCAGCAAGCGAGAGUUACCUACAGCAACCAGUAUAACUGGGAUGACUCCAAUGUAAUCCUCACUUCAUCUGCUAUUAGCUGUCAUCUCUGCUGGCCAAUCGACCGUGUUCACCUUCGAGUUUUUCCCACGGGAUAA